GCUACGGCUCAGCAGAAUUAAGCGCAGCCGGAGCCGGCCCCCCAGCAGGGAUCAUGCACCCACAGCAGGCAAGGGCCCUUCCCCCACCGGCGCCACACGCGGCCCCCGGCGCCUGGCCGGCUCCACCCCGCUACCGGCCCCAGCCCCGAGACGCCCGGCCCCACGGCCCCCUCACGGCAGCAAGGGGCCACCCUAAGCGAUACCACCCCCAGCCCGGCCCUAGCAGCGUCCGAGCGGCGGCAGGAGAAGAAGAAGAGUCCGUCGAGCAAGAGCAAGGAGAAGGCAAGGUCGAGGCUCAGCUGCGCGUCGCUGCGGGCAGGGCCAUGCCGGCUGCGGCGCACAGGCAGGAGCAGGCAGCGGCCAUGUCCCGGCGCUCUCCCCUCUUCGCAGCCGCACCGCUUCCGGGUUACGGGCGCGGAGCGGGGCCGCCCGCCGCAGGUGCCAGCGGGGACGAGGCGGGUGCCCGGCACUGCCCACGGCGCCCGGCGCGGCUCGCGGCCGCCCCCUAGGCGUGGCGCCGGGGCGCCGAGCAGACCAGUUCCUGCACAGUGGGUGACUCCUGAAGAAAGGUGACAUUUGCCAGAGCCUUGCAGAACAAAGUGAAGACAGGAGCAGGAGGGAGUGACUGAAAUGGAAAUCGCUUUGGAGGACAAGGACAGCAAAUAAGAAAAAGGAGCUCCUGAAUACUGCUGCCAUCAUGGCAAACUGAAAACAGCAACCACGAGUUUGUAGCUCAAGAAAGUAAAGCAGUCAGGACUCAAACUGAGCACUCCUUCAGCCUGUGUCCUACAGCCCAAGCUGCUGAGAGAGGCCUGUAAUGCACAAGCGAAAACCGAGAAUUUUUA